UGAGUACGAGACUAGAGAAAGAGACAGACAGAGUGACAGACAACAACGAAGAGGAGUGUGUACUGUGAAAAGGAAAAAGGGGUGUUGAUUACUUGAUUCGCUGCUACAAACGGCGUUCCAUACAUUUACAUCACAAUUCACACGACUAUCUCGUGGUUUUGAUUUUCUGUUUUUUUUCCCUCUUACUUGAGACACUUGACUUUGCAAGAGACAGGCUGGGUUAUCAGUUUUGAACGAGGCAGCCUUAUUCCAAACCUCAUUUCUUUCUGUGGUCAAAACAUGAAUCCAAUUGCUGCCCCUGAAGAUGAGGGUCAGGCAACGGCAAGAGAAAUUGAAGAGGAAAAAGCACUUAGGCGAUUUAUUCACUUACAGUUCCCGUCUUGCACUGAUCUUGAUCUAGUCAGAUUAUUUCUUCAUCGCUAUCGCUAUCGCCCUGACCCCCCGCCGCGAGUGGAAGAUAAGAAGCAAGGUGAAAUAGAAAAUCUGAAGGAAAAGCAACUAUUUUGGGCGGCACUUUUCGAAGAGAAGAAAUUAGCGUCUCAACUUGCCUCGCUCGCGACUAAAAAUGUGGAUGGGAUCACGUACGAUGACAUGCCGCAGUACGGCCAAAUACACGUCAAAGCUGAAUCCGGCUCAACAUUGGGUGACAAUUUUCAGAGUGACAUGUUCAUUGUAACGGCUCAACUGACCCGGACUAAUAACACUGUCAAAGACGAUACUUCCAUUAGUACUUUGAGUACUUUUGUUAAGGUGCAGCCGUCGAAUUCGUUUCUGCGUCAAGCGGCGGACGAUAUGUGCGCUCAUCACCGUGAGAUCAACAUGUACCACAAUUUCUUUAGACUCCUGCGGGAAGUGCACGAAGACCAUCCAAUGUUAUUUUAUUUUCUGAAUGUUCCGGAUGUGUACUACAGCCAUAUUGAGGAUAUAAUCCCGGGAGAAACGGAUGGAUCGGCAACUUGUAUUCUCCUUGAAAAUCUCAAAACCGAAGGCUAUCGUAUGGCUGAUAAAGUAGAAGGAGGUGAUUAUCAACACUGUAAAAUGGCACUUAAUUCACUGGCCCAUUACCACGCCUUGACGUUGAGUGCGGUGAGAAAAUGGAAGGAUCCGACAACUGGCGAAUUAUCACACGUUCCGUCCUCUGCAAAGUUCCUUGUAGAAGAAAAAACAUUUUACGAGUAUGGGAUGGUAAAAUACAUUGAAAAUUCUUUUAAAUGUUUCCUCGAUUUUGUCCAAAAAGAGGAAAGACCUGACUUAGGUGAAUGGCUAGCAGAAUUGCUACAACGUCUACCGGAGAUCAUCCUCGUCGACACUUUGGAAAGUUCUGGUCCAUUGGCUUGCAUCUUGCACGGAGAUUACUGUAUUAACAACAUUUUGUUCAAAUACGACUCAAUACGAGUCAAAGGAACAAAUAUUCCAGUUUCAUUGAAGAUGCUUGAUUUUCAAACGUCGAGGAUCGGCCAUCCACUCAGCGACGUCCUCUAUUUCUUUUACUCGAGCACCAAACCGGAAACAAGAGAGGAAGACAUGCUCGUUUUGCUUCGCUACUAUUUCAACACAUUGACGGCCGAUUUACGACUCUUGAGCGUUUCACUCGACGACUACACCUGGCAAGACUUUUUGUCUGAUUACAAGAAGAGAUCCUUGAUGUGGAUGUUUAUGGGCGUCAUGGUUCUUUCGGGUGUCCUGAACAAAAAAUCCGUUAGUAAUUUGCAAGAUCUAGACGCAGAAGAGAAGCUCAAGGGGCCAAAACCAGAGACGAACAUGGAACCAAUCAAGGGAGAAAUGGGAAUCAGUCUUGGAAUGGAAGAAACAAUGAAGAACAUGAUGGUGUCCUACGAACUGAGUGAUAGUGCGAUUUUAUCUGAAAGUCUAAUUAAACUCAUGGAUGAGGUCAAAGCUCUAAAUUGCUGCUAAGUUCAGCGAUUCAAUUCCUAGUUGGAUACAUUCAUCCAAUAAUUUUGCGAAAUACAAUUUCAAUCAACAUUU